UCCCGGCUGCCGGCGUGAAUGCGCCGCUUGUCCGGAGACUGGGAUCCGCUCUUAAAGCCGGAGCUGGGCUCCCCCAGUUAGUCCUACCGGGGCGGGCACGGCUCCCGGGGGCCCCCCCGGCCGCGACCCCAGGAUGUUUCUGUACUGGAAGAAGCGGGGUGCCUACGAGCUGGAGGCUUUACCUGCCGGGCUGGCGGGGCUGGAGUACGGGGUGGUGGAGCGCUUUUCCUGGAGCUCCAGCCUGGACAUCAGCGAGGAGCUCGGGGCCGAGCCGUGCCCAGCGGAGGAGAUGGUGCUGCGCUGCCAGAACCCCGACUGCACCGGCGAGAGGAGGGCGGCCAAGGUAUGCCACCACGCAGAGUGCCGGCAGCUGAACUGCAGCGGCCCCCUCAGCCUGUGUGAGCUCUGCGACGGCCGACUCCAUGGCACCAUGCACUUCGACGGCCACAUCCGCUUCGACCUGCCCCCGCAAGGCUCCAUCCUGGCCCGCAACAUGUCGACACGCUCAUGCCCCCCACGCACCAGCCCUGCCUCCGACGUGGAGGAGGAGGAAGGACCGGCGGAUAGCAGAGGGGAGUGGAGGAGCUCGGCGCUGAAGCUGCCCAAGAAGAAGGCUCGGCGCCGGCACACCGACGACCCCAGCAAGGAGUGCUUCACCCUGAAGUUCGACCUCAGCGUCGACAUCGAGGCGGAGAUCGUGCCGGCUGCGAAGAAGAAGUCCCUGGGGGAGGUGCUGCUGCCGGUCUUCGAGAGGAAGGCGAUCGAGCCGGGCAAGGUGGACAUCUACCUGGACCAGUCCCACACGCCGCUCUCCCUCCAGUUCGAGGCGUACCGCUUCGGGGGGCACUACCUGCGGGUGAAAGCCAAGCCCGGGGACGAGCUGAAGGUGGAACAGGCAGCACGGGAUGCCAGGUCAGCCAGCCUGCCCAUCCUGCACCCCGCCAGCACCGCUGCAGUCCUCGGGCCAGCACCAGAGCCCGUGCCGGGACGCCGGGAAGGUGCCGACAGCCUGGCUCUGGGCCGGCGGAGGAAGAACAUGACGGAGUUCCUGGGGGAUGCCGGCACCCCCAGCCCCGAGCCCACCCCCCAGGGUGGCGGGUCCCUGCCUGCCAAUGGCACCGACACCUGGAAGAACCGCGCAGCCAGCCGCUUCAGCGGCUUCUUCGGCUCCGGCACCAGCACCGGCUCCUUCGGGCGGGAGACGGAGAAGCUGGAGCAGCUGGCAAGCAGGCUGCACGCCUACGGCACCUUUGGGCUGCCCAAGCUGCCGCCCCAGCUCCGCUUCGACCGCGACUCCUGGGAGGAGGAUGGGGACGAGGCCGGCUUGGUGCUGGAGGAGAGCUGGCAGCAGAUCAUCCGGGGUGUGGAGGCCCUGUCCCGCCGGCAGUGCCACCAGCAGGAAGCCAUCUGGGAGCUGCUGCACACUGAGGCCACCUACAUCCGCAAGCUCAAAGUCAUCACUGACCUCUUCCUCUGCUGCCUGCUGAACCUGCAGGAGUCGGGGCUGCUCUGCGAGGUGGACGCCGAGCGGCUCUUUGGCAACAUCGGGGAGAUCAUCCGGCUGCACCACGAGCUGUGGCGCGGCGUCAUGGCCCCGGUGCUGGCCAAGGCGCGCCAGACCGGGGCACUGCUCGACCCCAUCGACUUCCUCGACAGCUUUAAGAUGUUUGGCUCCCUCUUCAAGCCCUACGUGAGGUACUGCAUGGAGGAGGAGGGUUGCAUGGAGUACAUGCGGGCGCUGCUGCGGGACAGCGAGCUCUUCCGUGCCUACGUGACGUGGGCCGAGAAGCACGAGCAGUGCAGCCGCCUGAAGCUGAGCGACAUGCUGGUGAAGCCCCACCAGCGCCUCACCAAGUACCCCCUGCUCCUCAAGUCCGUGCUGAAGAAGACCGACGACCCGCGUGCCCGUGACGCUGUCACUGCCAUGAUUGGCUCCGUGGAGUGCUUCAUCAACGACGUCAACUCGCGGAUGCGGCAGCGGCAGGAGAGGCAACGCCUGGCUGCCAUCCUCAGCCGCAUCGACGCCUAUGAGGUGGUGGAGGGCAGCACGGAUGAGGUGGACAAGCUGCUGAAGGAGUUCCUGCGGCUGGACCUGACCGCCCCCAUCCCCGGCACCUCCCCGGAGGACACGCGGCAGCUCCUCCUCGAGGGCGGCCUGCGGAUGCGGGAAGGUAAAGACAGCAAGAUGGAUGUCUACUGCUUCCUCUUCACCGACCUCUUCCUCAUCACCAAGCCCCUCAAGAAGGCUGAGCGCACCAAGGUGGUCCGGCAGCCGUUGCUGGUGGACAAGGUCAUCUGCCGGGAGCUCAGGGACCCAGGCUCCUUCCUCCUCAUCUACCUGAACGAGCUGGGGAGCGCCGUGGCUGCCUACACCUUCCAGGCCAGCGGGCAGUCGCUGUGCCGCAGCUGGGUCGAGGCAGUGCGCAACGCCCAGAACCUGCUGCAGCAGCUGCGGCAGCGCCGGCACCUGGAGGAGGAGGAGGAAGAGGAGGAGGAGGAGGAGGAGAAGGAUGGCGAGAGCAGCGCCUCGGCCGCCAGUUCGCCCACCGUCCUGCGCCGCAGCAGCGCCAGCCCGGACUCGCAGCGGUGCCCCUCUGAUGGCUCUACCGAGACCCUCGCCGUGGUGGCAGCGGAUGGUGGUGACGAGCUUUCCUCCCCGGACUGGGACGUGGGGCCCUUCGGCUCAACUUCGGAUGGCUCCUCCAUCGGCACCGGCGCCUCUGCUGACACCCCCACCUCCACGGAGACCCCCACCCGGGAGCUGCCUGUGGGCGCCCUGCCUGUACCCCUGCCCCAUGGCACGGCCCCCCCAGCCGGGGGCUGCCGCUCGUCCUCCAUCGACAGUGCCUACGGCACGCUGUCUCCCUCUUCCCUGCGGGACUUUGGCCAGCAGCCGGAGGGGAUGGCGGAGGAAGGGAGGGAGCCCCCCCCAAACCCCCGGCCCCCCUCACCCCGGCUGCGCCGCCGGACGCCUGUGCAGCUCCUGCCCUGCCCGCCCAGGGUGCUCAAGUCUAAGUCAGAGGCCAGCUUGCCCCAGCUCCUGCCCCCCGGCCCCCUGGCCCCCCUCAGCCAGAGCCGCAGCCUCUCUGACCUCUGCGCUGGCCCCCCCCGGACUAGCCCAGCCCCUGGCCCCCCGCCUGCCCCUGGUAGCAGCGGCAGCUCCACGUCAGAGCUCUCGGAGCCGGAGAAGCCGGCAGAGAGCCCGGCAUCCCUCCCAGGGGAGCUCUGUCGUGACCCCCCGCCCGCUGCCCGCCGGACCCUCUCGGACCCGCAGUCGGCACAGCACCGCAAGCUGACGCUGGCGCAGCUCUACCGGAUCCGGACCACUCUGCUGCUCAACUCCACGCUGACAGCCUCGGAGGUCUGAGAGCCACCGGCACGGUGAGGAUGGACGCACGGCCACGCCAAGGAGCUGCUCCUGCUUCUAACUGUAGCGAAACGCCGGGGCCCGGCAGAGCGGGCGCUGGGAUGCCAUGCUGGUGGGGACACGGGGAUGCAGACCAGUCCCCUCAGCAAGGACGUGCUGCAGGCGUGGCGGCGUGGGGCUGCAUGCUUCUCCCCAGAGCGGGGACAGACACGGCACGUGGCUCGUGCCAAAACCCUCAUCUGCAGAGAUGGGGGUUGUGGGUCAGGGCUCAGCCACCCCGGGGUGCAUCGGGCAGGGGGGUGCGGGGGGCUGUGGGGCGGCUCCCGGGGGCAAGGAAGGGACGACGACGUUGGCGAUGGUGAGUGGGGAAGGUGCCGAGAGGGACAUGGUGCUGCGGGGCGAGGAGGCCAGGGCUGGUGGCAGGAGGGGACGGUGCUGGGAUGGGGUGGGCGGUGGCCCCGGGGUCUGCCCGGGCCAGGGUUGGCCCUGCGGGGUGGGAUGGGCGGCAGCGCCCGGGGCCGGAGGGUGGAAGCCGCGGGGGGACGUGGUGGUGGCCGGGGUGCCGGCUGCCACCCCGGGCCGGGCAAUAAACCCCACCGGUGCCCGCUGA